UAACCUGAGAAGAGCCGCAGGGAAGGGGGUGGGGGGACAAACCAGGCCGUCUCCCUGCUCGGCCUCGGAACAUUCUUCCCGCCCGCCCGCCAAGCCUCUCCUCCCCGCCCCGCCCGCCUCGCGGCCCUGGGCUUGCAGCCGGGGCAGCGCCGCACGUCAUUGGGGUCCCCCGGGGCUGGGGGGGUCCCCAGGCCGGGCUCGGGGGAGGACUGAGAGGAGGAGGGGCGCCGCUUCGGCCGCCAAGGAGCUGGGGCCCGUCGGGCCGGCCCCCCUUCCCUCUGCCCCGCAGAGCCUGUUUCUCAUUAGAGUAAUGGGCGCGGUCCCCGCCCGGCUCCCGAGUGUUUGUAAACGUCUGACCCGAGGGCCGCGCUUAACCCUUCGGGUGCUGGCCUAGGGCUGCUGCUGGGGGCGCGGCGCAGAGCCCGGGGGGAUUCAGAGACUAGAGAUGUGCGAGGCUUCCCAGGGAAGUUGUGAGCAAAUGGUCAGCAUGCGUGCAGAACGGUGACUGCUCCCUGUCCCGCAGCACCUGCAGUCCGAAUCAAGAACCCCCGGUCCCACUUUCUUCCAGCUGGGACUCUCUGCACGACUUUCCUAGAAACUCCAGUCCAGGUCUUCCUCCCCUGCCCAGGUGACAGGUGUCCAGCCCUAGGGGCCUAAGUUUUCAGCUUCGGGGCCCCUUCCAAACCUGGUCAGGAAUUUAGGAGAGCCGGGAGGGGCAUGCCCUUGGAUCUGAGAGGCCUUCUAGUCUGCAGCUCCUGGGCGGAGGGAGCCGACUUCCUCCGAGGAGGCUAAUUAAUGGCCUAUCUAGGUGGCUGGGACAAGGGUACCGGCAAAGCCCGGCCUGGAUCUACGCCCAGAAGGGGCUGUGGGCCUCCAAAGGCUUCCUGGGAUUAGGGAGGUCUGAGGGGCUUCCCGAACAGCUGAAAGUUCUUCAUCUCCAGGGAAUGGGAGGAGUGGCCGGUGGAGGUGAUGGGUAAGGCGUGCAAAAGCUCCCCGAAGGCCCAGGUAGAGUGGUCUCAGGGAGGGUGGAGGAGAGACCGGCCUCCUCUCCAGAUCAGCUCAGAGCCUCUCAAUCCCAGAACUCUCUUCUCAGACUUGUACUGAAAGCGCAGAAGCCGCGGCCUUCCUUGGGAGACGCUAGCACACUCCUCUUCAGAUCGCAAGGAAGGAUGUACCGUGGGCCCGCUACACGGGGGCCCAGAAUAUGGCCUCUUUAAGGAGACUCGGAUCUCCCCCUGCCCCCAGCUGAGACUUAAUAGGCUGAGGUUUGGGCUCCCAGUGAGAAGUGAUUGUCACAACUACGAGCCAGCAGGACCUGGGGGUUCCGGCCGGACCCAUGGGGGCUGCGAGCUGCGAGGAUGAGGAGCUGGAAUUUAAGCUGGUGUUCGGGGAGGAAAAGGAGGCUCCCCCGCUGGGCGCGGGGGGCCCUGGGGAAGAGCUGGACUCAGAGGAUGCCCCUUCAUGCUGUCGUUUGGCUCUGGGGGAACCCCUUCCUUAUGGUGCUGCCCCUAUUGGUAUUCCUCGACCCCCACCCCCUCGGCCAGGCAUGCACUCACCACCACCCCGUCCCGCCCCUUCACCUGGCACCUGGGAGAGCCAGCCGGCUCGGUCGGUGAGGCUGGGGGGCCCAGGAGGGAGUGCGGGGGGUGCUGGGGGCGGUCGUGUUCUGGAAUGUCCCAGCAUCCGGAUCACCUCCAUCUCUCCCACGCCUGACCCACCGACCUCGCUAGAGGACACGCCUGAAACCUGGGGGGACGGCUCUCCUAGAGAUUACCCCCCACCAGAAGGCUUCGGGGGCUACCGAGAGGCCGGAGGCCAGGGCGGAGGUGCCUUCUUCAGCCCGAGCCCUGGCAGCAGCAGCCUGUCUUCGUGGAGCUUCUUCUCUGAUGCUUCUGACGAGGCUGCCCUGUAUGCCGCGUGCGACGAGGUGGAGUCUGAACUUAAUGAAGCAGCCUCCCGCUUUGGCUUGAGCUCUCCACUGCCUUCGCCCCGGGCUUCUCCUAGACCAUGGACCCCGGAGGAUCCCUGGAGCCUAUACGGUCCAAGCUCAGGAGGCCGAGCGCCGGAGGAUAGCUGGCUACUCCUCAGCGCUCCUGGGCCCAUCCCAGCCUCCCCUCGGCCUGCUUCACCCUGUGGCAAGAGGCGCUAUUCCAGUUCAGGAACCCCAUCUUCGGCCUCCCCAGCUCUGUCCCGCCGGGGCAGCCUUGGGGAAGAGGGUCCAGAGCCACCUCCGCCACCCCCAUUGCCUCUGGUCAGGGACCCUAGUUCUCCAGGCCCUUUUGACUAUGCGGGAGCUCCAACAAAUGAGAGCAUCCCUCAGAAAACCCGGAGGACUUCUAACGAGCAGGCGGUGUCCCUGCCUCGGUCUGAGGAGUCUGCCUCAUGCAAUGGGAAACUGCCCUCUGGAACAGAGGAGGCUGUGGCUGCUCCAGGGGGUCUGCGGAAAGAGGUGGCUGGCAUGGACUAUCUCGCAGUACCUUCUCCUCUUGCUUGGUCCAAGGCCCGGAUUGGGGGACACAGCCCCAUCUUCAGGACCUCUGCCCUACCUCCCCUCGACUGGCCUUUGCCCAGCCAGUAUGAGCAGCUGGAGCUGCGGAUCGAAGUGCAGCCUAGAGCCCACCACCGAGCCCACUACGAGACAGAGGGCAGCCGUGGAGCGGUCAAAGCUGCGCCCGGAGGUCACCCCGUGGUCAAGCUCCUAGGCUACAGUGAGAAGCCACUGACGCUACAGAUGUUCAUUGGCACCGCAGAUGAAAGGAGCCUGCGUCCACACGCCUUCUACCAGGUGCACCGCAUCACCGGCAAGAUGGUGGCCACAGCCAGCUAUGAAGCUGUAGUCAGUGGUACCAAAGUGUUGGAGAUGACCUUGCUCCCAGAGAACAACAUGGCUGCCAACAUUGACUGUGCUGGAAUCCUGAAGCUUCGGAAUUCAGACAUUGAGCUCCGCAAGGGUGAGACGGACAUCGGGCGCAAAAACACACGUGUGCGGCUGGUGUUCCGUGUACACGUGCCUCAGGGCGGCGGGAAGGUCGUCUCUGUGCAGGCAGCAUCCGUGCCCAUCGAGUGCUCCCAGCGCUCAGCCCAGGAGCUGCCCCAGGUGGAGGCCUACAGCCCCAGUGCCUGCUCCGUGAGAGGAGGGGAGGAGCUAGUGCUGACUGGUUCCAACUUCCUGCCAGACUCUAAAGUGGUGUUCAUUGAGAGGGGCCCCGAUGGGAAGCUCCUGUGGGAGGAGGAGGCUGCGGUGAACCGGCUACAGAGCAGCGAGGUGACACUGACUCUGACCAUCCCCGAGUACAGCAACAAGCGGGUAUCACGGCCAGUCCAGGUCUAUUUUUACGUCUCCAACGGGCGGAGGAAGCGCAGUCCUACCCAAAGUUUCAAGUUCCUACCUGUGAUCUUCAAGGAGGAGCCCCUACCAGACUCAUCUCUCCGGGGCUUCCCCUCCACAUCGGGCCCCCACUUUGGCACUGACAUGGACUUCUCACCACCCAGACCCCCUUACCCCUCCUAUCCCCAUGAAGACCCUGCUUACGAAACUCCUUAUCUGUCAGAGAGCUUUGGUUAUAGCACACCCACCCUGUACCCCCAGACGGGGCCCCCUCCAUCCUAUAGACCAGGCCUGCGGAUGUUCCCUGAGACUGGAGGUACCACAGGUUGUGCCCGUCCACCUCCGGUCCCCUUCCUGCCCCGCCCCUUUCCUGGUGAUCCAUACGGGGGACAGGGCUCCUCUUUUGCCCUGGGGCUUCCAUUCUCCCCUCCGGCCCCCUUUAGGCCGCCAUUACCUUCCUCCCCACCACUCGAAGACCCCUUCAAUCCCCAGAAUGCUGUCCACCCCCUACCUGCUGAGGGCUACGAUGAGGUGGGGCCAGGCUAUGCCCCCGGGGAGGGGGCUUCGGAGCAGGAGAAAUCCAGGGGUGGCUACAGCAGCGGCUUCAGAGACAAUGCGCCUAUCCAGGGUGUCACCCUGGAGGAAGUGAGUGAGAUCAUUGGCCGAGACCUGAGCGGCUUCCCUGCACGUCCUGGAGAGGAGCCUCCUGCCUGAACCACGUGUAGUGCCCCGAAGCCCUGCCUCCGCGCCCUCUUCACUGGGGUGCUGGCUCCAGAAGCUUGGGGCCAACCCUAGUUUCUCUUUGCCCAGUUCUGUCUUCCUGUCUCCUCUCCCUCUCCCAGCGAAGGUGUGGCCCCCAGGCCUGGUGCUGCCUUGAAAGGAAGUGAGAAUGUGGGGGGGGGCACGCGGGUGGAGACUGAGCCUGGAUCCCAGAACUGACUGGGAUGAAGAUGGUGUCCCGGCUGUGCAGGCUGUGAUCUGGGCAGGCUCGACAGGCUGAUGGGUAAUAAACUGCUCACUGACCGGC